UUGAGUCUUUCGCAUGCCAUUUGGAGGCCGUCGUUGAAGUGGUUCGCUGACAUCUUGAUAAACGUAGUCCAUUGGUCGUCACGUGGUGAUCCUCCUCGUUCGCAUCGCGAUGACUCUUACAUGUUGAGUGAAUUUCCUUUGGCGCCUCAGCCUAGAAAGGUGUCUUCGUCAUUUUCACGUGUGCAGGUAGCAUUGAGACGGUGCUCGCGCCUUGCAUAUCGAAUGUCGUCCACCCAGCUUGUGCCUGGCACCCGACGUCGCGUGAUGACUCAAGUCACCGGCCGUCGUCAUACCUGUGACCUGUUUUCAGGUCACACGCACGCAUCACCACCUGCUGGAGAGGUGCAUUUCGUGCUGCGGCAUCGUGAAAUGCAUCGAUGCGAUUUGCAGGCCCUUGUCACGGCGCUGUUUUUCAGUUCUACUGGCGUUGUGUUGUUGCGAUUCGACGAGCGACAAAGUCAGUCAUUGACCAUAGCGAUGAAUGCGCCGCAGCUGCUGAAAAAUCCAGAAAGUGCCGCUGCGUGA